AUGGCAAACACACAUGGUCGAGUCAUCUUUCCACCCAGCUGCUCCACCAUCUUCAUCGUCCUGCAGCUCCUGUCCUGCAGCAUCCCUGCAAACGGGAAAGCUGAUUUCUCCAUCCUUGGACCUAAAAUGCCUGUUCUGGCGGUGCUGGGCGAAAAUGUGGAGCUACCAUGCCAUCUGUCCCUCAAUAUCAGUGCCGAGGACAUGGAGCUUCGGUGGUACAGGGAUCAGCCAUCCCAAGUCGUGCACCUGCACAAGAAUGGGACAGACAUGAAGGAAGAACAGAUGAGAGAGUACCAGGGAAGGACCACUUUCCUGAGUGCUGGGCUGGACCAGGGAAAAGCCACAGUGAAGAUCCACAACGUGACAGUUUUUGAUAAUGGAACAUUCCACUGUAACUUCAAAGAUGGCAACAUGUCUGCAGAGGUCAGGCUGUGGCUGAUGGUGGCAGGUCUGGGCGGGAUGCCCAGAAUCCAAGUGCAAGCUGUCCAAGGUGAAACUGUCUGGGCACAGUGCACCUCAGAAGGCUGGUUCCCAGAGCCCCAGGCGGAAUGGAGAGAUUUUAGAGGACAGCCCCUACCUUCUAUGACCCACCUCUCAGCCUCGCCAACAACAGGUCUCUUCACGGUGGUGUCCAAUGUGACCAUCCAGGAUGGGGAUGUUCAGAACUUCUCCUGCUGCAUCUCCAGUCCCCUUCUCCAGAAGAAGAUGGUCAGCUACCUCUUGCUCCCUCAAUUGUCCAGAAGUUCCCU